CUGCCUCAGAAUGAGGUUACGAUGCUUCCUGUUUGUAACUGAAGAGCAGCCAGUUUUUGAAAGCACCUCAAAGAUGUAGCGAAGGCAGGGUAAAAAUAGACUACAGUGCAGCACGCCCCACUGAUGAAAACGCAGUGAUGUCUUUAAGUGGAGAACUACUCGAUCACACUCGUGCAGUUCAAGACAACUUUAAUAUGAACGAAUUUCCAAUUUACUUAGCUUGUGGAAUCCUAUCUGUGGCCUUGUUCAUCUCCUUGAGUCUUCACAUAAUCUUUUGCCUCAGAAGAAGAGCCGCUGUGUGCAAAGAUGCAGAUGGAUGCUGCUUUGGCCACAUUUCUGACAGAGAGACCCAGUCACAGAUGGAGAGGCAGAAUUUUCGUAAUCUGAGUCAUCGAGCGCAGCAGGAAAAUCCCUGCAAUCGUCGUGAGCAACAGGAAAAUCCAAUCUACGGCAACAUCAGCACAGACAGAAGCGAAGCUGCAGAGGAUUGCUAUGAGAGGAUGCAGCGCAGUAGAAAUCUCAGAAAGCCUUCAGAGGCUGACCUGAAUUACGCCUCGCUGGAUCUGAAGGUUGCAAUGAAACGCAAGAAAAAGCACGGCCACUUGCAAGGCCAGACGCAGGGCCACAGCACGCUCCAGGAACACCUGCCAGACCGCCUCACACCCCCACCCAACGCCUUCCUGGAGCUCGACGCAGACGCAGACGCGCACCUGCCGCCGAGGGAGACCUGCACAAUGGUUUCGCACAGCAGCAUCUACCUGAACAGCCAGCAGAUAGCCCAGGAGGCGGAGGAGAUGGAGAGGGAGUGGAGCGCAAGCACGGAGAUGGAGAGGGGAUCUCUGGAAGGUCACCAGUGGGGGGAGGACGGUCGAAGCAGAGAUUGGAAAAUAGAUCUGGACAGUGGGGAGGGUGAAGAGAGUAAACAUUACGGUAGCAAUGGUAAUGUAUGUGCACUGCUUUCAGAGGACGAAAACUAAAAGAACACUUUUGUGUCACACAUUUAAGUUAAAACUGCUUCUUUCAAACUAUCACAAACUAUAUUCUUGAAACAAAAAAAAAGUUGUGCAACUUCCUCCCAACUCAGGAAGGAAAAUGUAUAUUUUUGUGAAGAGGAUGUAAUAAAAUACCUAAGGAAAAAAAAACUGUAUGUUGGUGACAUUUAGAGGUCAAUGUGGAACUUUAGCAGUUUAUUGUGAAACAACGUCAGAUCUUCACAGGAAAUGGAAGAACCUUUCCUGUUUUGAUGUCUCAUCCAUCACCAAAAAACUUCACAUAAAAACAGCGUUUUAUUUUCCCGUGUAGGCGACAUUUCUCUGUCUAGACUUUCUACAGUUGUGAUUCCCAUGACGGACUAUUAGAGUCACCUUAAAAUAAAGAAAUAUUUAAAUAUAAGAAAAAAAGUCGCAUAAAUAUAAGGAAAAAGUCAAACAUUUACAAGAAUAAAGUUGUUAAAAUUAUGAGAAAAAAGUCACAAUCUUAUGAGGAAAAAGCCAUACUUUUUAGAAAAUUAAGCCUCCCAUUACGUCCUGACUAAAUCUAUCAAUGCAGACAUCUAUGGGGAGAAUUUUAGGCUUUGGUUUAUCAAAGUAUCCAAGUCCCAUAAUGCAUUUGGACAACUAUUCAACCAAUGGUGUAAACAGAAAAACUCCUUAUGGGUUAAGAAUCAUCUUCUGAAGAGGCUCAGUUUCCUGCUAAUUCUUUUUAAUGUUAAUACCAACAACAACUGAAGUGGCCAAUUCCAACAUUUGUUGUUGUUGCCUAUAGUUUUCUACAGACAUUUGACUCAUAAAUGUAUGACUUUAAUCUUGUAAAUUCUUAAUUUGCAAUUUGGGAAAUUACAACUUA